AGGUAGCAAAAUAUACAUUUACAUUAUAGUACAAUGAACUAUGUACGAAUUGUGCAUUACUUCAAGUUGAUUGCAAAUUAAAUUUUGAUUUCUCAUAUAUAAAAAAGUACUCUGUGUUUCAGUGUUUCCAGUGUCAUUGGUGUCAUUUAGAUAUUUGUGAGGAGCAGGUUAAUUCGGUUCGAAUACAAAUUACGCUAUUUGAAAUUAUCUAUAAACAAAUAUUGCGUAGUAUUUUACAUUAUUAGGGGACUGUGUAUAUUUUAUUUUUCAAUACGAUAAAAUAAUUUUUAUUUCCGGACCAGAUACGUUAUUUUUUAUAAAAUGGAGCUUAGCACGGGCACAAAAAACCUUGUAAAAUUUAUAAUAGAAGACUGGAAGCUUUUGCUGUUUUUAACUAUUAUAUUUUUGUUAUAUUUUUACUACACUAGCACUCACGACUUUUUUGAAAAAAGAGGAAUAAAAUUCAUGAAACCUCGUUUCUUAGUUGGUAAUCUUGGAGGCAGACUUUUAGGGAUGAAAUCACUCCAUGAUUUUCAAUUGGAAAUCUAUAACUAUUUUAAAGGACAGCCAUAUGGUGGUAUAUUUGAAGGGAGAAGGCCGAUCCUGUAUCUUAUUGACAGCGAAAUCAUUAAAGCAGUAACAAUUCGCGAUUUUGAUCAUUUCACUGAUAGAAGUGGAUUUAGAAGUCGAGAACCAAGAUACUUAAGUAGAAGUAUUUUAAACUUAAAGGGAGCAGAAUGGAAGGCUGUCCGCAGUAUUAUGACACCAACAUUUAGUUCAUCUCGACUUAAGAACCUGAUACCUCUUUUACAAACAUGUGCAGACCAAUUGGUUGGAUUUUUAAAUCAAUUUGAUAAAAAAGAUAUUGAGAUGAAAGAUAUAAUGGGUCACUUUACAUUGGAAGUAAUUGGUGCCUCUGCUUUUGGUAUCAGAUCAGAUGCUCUUACUGAUGAAAAUGCAAAAUUUGUAAAGGUAGCAGAAAAAGUUGGUGACAUGUCAAUGCCCAAGAGAAUGUUAAUAUUUUUCGUAUUAAUUUUUAUGCCAACUUUUAUAAGAUUCUUUAACUUGUCAUUCUUAAACCGGGAAGUUGUAGAGAAAUUAAAUGAUAUGUUGCAAGUGACUAAGGCACAACGAAGAGCGUCAAAAGAAAAGCACAAUGACUUCCUACAACUUUUGAUGGAUGCAGCGGAAAAGGAAAAAGAACAGUUAGGGAAUAAUCACUCAGAAAUGCAUUUAGAUGACGGCACAGUCGACGCCCAAAGUAUAAUAUUCCUUGUAGCUGGUUUCGAAACUUCUAGUACAUUGCUAUCGUUUGCGGCGCACGUGCUCGCCACGAAACCUGACCUUCAGGAUAAGCUCAGAGAACACGUGAUUAGCGUUACUGAAGGAAAGGAAAUGAAUUAUGAUCUUCUUACACAACUCGACUAUUUGGAAGGUUUUCUGCUGGAAACAUUACGCAUGUACCCUCCCGCGUCAAGGAUAGACAGAGUGGUCACAAAGCCAUACGUUCUACCAGGAACAUCUAUUAAGUUAAACGUAGGGCAAGCAGUCGCUAUACCAAUAUAUGGAAUACACAUGGACCCGAAUAUUUACCCGGAACCCCACGAGUUCAGACCUGAGCGGUUCAUGAAAGACGAGAAGAAGGAUAGACCCUCGCAUUUGUUCCUGGCGUUCGGCGCUGGACCCAGGAAUUGUAUUGGGCUUCGCUUCGCAAUGAUCUCCGCAAAGUUGGCAAUGGUAGCUGUGUUGAAAAACUUCAGAUUUAAAACGUGUCCUAAAACACAGGAUCCGGUGCAAUUCGACAAACGUGCUUUUCUGCUGAAGGCUAGUCAGGGAAUAUAUGUUAAUGUGGAAAAGAUAUAAAUUUUCAAGUGUAGUUGAAUAUACAAAUUGUUUAUUAUUAUUUAAAUUUACGGGUGUAUGUUUUAAUUUAUAAGAUAAUGUUUAAUUGUAGGUCUAGUUAUAUUAUUUUGUAAUGAAAUUAUCAUCAAUGUUCAUUGUAUGUGUGUAU